UGUUUAGUUGGUAUCAUCAAAAACUACAGAACAGCGGUAGCUUAGAAAAUUCUUGAUAUCAAUUUAAAACAUUUAUUUAGCUCAUCAUUCCUGUUUUUCAUGUGAAUAGCUGAUUGACUGUGAAUUUGAACAUUUUGAAGUUUGAUUUGACUAAAUUUGACAGCAUGACAGCGUUUCAUUGUCCAUGAAAUAAAAAAAUAUUUUGCAACCCUGGACUUUCGUCAAUUUUAGCAUUGGUUUCGGUCUUUGGAAUUUAAUUACAGAAAACACUGGUCAUUAACAACAAGCAGCAAUUAACAUUAUAACGAAAAACAACUUUCAAACUGAUUGAUUUCUAUGAUUUCUCGAAGAACAGAUAGAUUUGUCAUAAUAUUAUUUCUGUUCCUUUUGUAAUUUAUUGGUUUAUUAUUUUAAAAUUCUAUAGAAAUGGGACGACGUUUUGGUGAUCUAGCAGUUAUAAGAGGAAUAAUUUAUUAUAAAUUGUCACCGCACGAACAAAAGCCUUUUGCUACAGCCUUUGCUUAUGGAAUCCCUAACUUUGUACCAAGAACCUUAUCUACUAUUUGUACAUGGCUCCCUUGUUUUUUAGCUGGCUACAUAACAUUCGUAUCCGUGGAAGAAGCUUAUCGCAGAUCGAAGAGGAAGAACCCGAUGGACUACAUGUAUGAAGUAAACCCUGCCAUCCCAGAAGGUUGUGAACCUAAAUAAUUGUUUUAAAA